AUGAUCGGACCUUUCCUCGCGCCCCCUUUUGCCCCGUACCGAGUAAGCCCCAUAGGCGUUGCAACGCGCAAGUAUUCUGGCAAGAAACGCCUCAUCAUUGACCUGUCUGCCCCUCACGAUGGCGUCGUGCCCAGCAUUAACAGUUUGAUUCCCCGGGAGCCGUUUUCGCUGUACCACGCUAGCGUUGAUAAUGCCAUCAGCAUGAUAAAAACCGCAGGCAGGGGCGCGUGGCUAGGGAAAGCCGACAUCACCGACGCGUUUAAGGUCAUGCCUCUUCACCCCUCUCAGUGGCAUUUAUUCGGCGUUAGGUGGGGCAGCAAGCUGAACUUCUCUGUCAGGUUGGCGUUCGGCUGCCGCAGCAGCCCACGUAUUUUUGACUCACUGUCGGAGGCGCUGUGCUGGAUCCUGGUGAAUGUCCACAGGCUGCCAUUCGUUUUGCACCUGCUGGACGAUUUUUUGGUGGUGGAUUUUCCGUCGUCUCCACCCGCCCGCUGUAUCUCGGUGUUGAGGGACACGUUUGGAGACCUGGGUGUUCCGCUCUCCGCGGAGAAAACCGUAGGCCUGUUUACCUCCUUGGAAUUCCUCGGUAUCAACCUAGAUAGUGUUUCCAUGCAGGCAUUGUUACCCGCGGAAAAACUGGAGCGCGUUCGAAGCGUCCUGAAGGCCGCUUUGGGCGCUGCUUCGAUGGCUAAACGUGAGCUGCUUUCGUUGCUGGGCCAUCUAUAUUUUGCUAUGCGCAUCAUACCCCAGGGCCGCGCGUUCGUGUCCCGUCUGUUGGACUUGGCUAAAAGCGUGCCUCAUCUCCAAGACUGCGUGGUGUUGGACGACGGGUGCCGAUCGGAUUUGCGUUUUUGGAGCGUGCUGUGCGAGCAUUGGAACGGUAUCAGCUUUUUCUAUCACGAUUCCUUGGAGUCGUCCGUCGCUCUCGAUUUUUACACCGACGCAGCUCCCUCAGUUGGGUUCGGGGGGUUUCACGGAGUUCCGAAUGCUGCGCCCUCACGCGUUACCGGACGGGUUGGCGUGUCCGCCAUUCCCCCUGACGUUCAUUGCUUUGAAUCACAGAAGCUGCAUCCCUCCUCCAUUAAAGCACUGGUGUCAGGCAUUCAAUUUAAUGUACGGUGUUCGGAGCCCUCAGCAUGCAGCCUGCUCGGGAACCCAAGUAUCCGCCUGCUGAUGAACGGGCUGAGGAAGCAGCGUCCGGAGACCAAAGAUAAACGCUUACCAAUCACCUUACCCCUCUUGCACACGCUGGUGUCCAAUUUGAGACAAGGGUGCUUCGGGCCCUACGUCGACACGCUUCUUGAGUCAGUAUUUUUCACGGCCUUCUAUGGGUUUCUGCGGCGUGGGGAUAUCGUGGAGGACAAGUGGAGGGUGUCCCCCUACCAAGAAGACAGCUGGCUCAGCUCGCCCCUUAAGUGUCACUUGAGGCUCCGUCCAGGAAGGAGGAUCGAUGCGGCAAGCACCGCAGCAGAUCCUUCUGGGACAGCCGAGUAG